CACAUUUCUGUGCUAAACAGUCAAACUCAAAUCUCAGUCCUCUUCAAUUUUACAGGAAUUUAUCGAUCAAAUUCUCAGCAUAGGGCCCUCACAAAAGAGAACGAAAAGAAAAUUAUGGCGUAGAUUUUAAAUUCUGUAUGGUACAGAAUAUGCCCGAGAGUAGGUGAAAUUUUCCACAAGUCAAUGGCUUUAAGACCAAAGUGGGAAAUGAUUUACAAUCCAUCUUUACAAAUUGCAGAGACAGAGAAGACUCAAACGUGUGCUAGACAAAGAUGAAUGCUGAAGUUUUUCAAGCUGCCAAAAAUGGCGAUAAAGAGAUAUUUAGGAAUUUCUAAGACUCUGACCCUCGACAACUGAAGAAAGUUACUUUUGAAGGAAAUACUGCCCUGCACAUCGCUGCGAGAGAAGGCCAUCCUGAGCUGGUUGAAUGGUUUCUUCAAAAUGUGAAAGGCCUCUCUGGAGUUCGCAAUGCUGAUCUCAAUAAACCGCUCCACGAAGCUGCUAAGCGGGGAAAUCAGAAGAUAAUUCGUACUCUUCUCCGCUACAACAAUUGCGCAGCAGCUAAACGCAAUCAGUUUGGAGAGUCAGCUCUGUUAAUAGCUUCAGAGCACGGUCAUGUGGACGCAGUGAGGGUUUUGGUGGAAGCCACGCCGGUAUAUAUCAUCCUCUGGCCAAGGGAGAACCAUCAAACUUGCCUUCACGUUGCUGCUUAUGGAGGUCAUCUAGAGAUAGUAGAGUUGAUACUUCAGAGGCCUAGUUUCUGCAACAUUUUGCAGUUCAUUAUGAUUAUUCCUGAUAUUUACGGUGCCAUUCCAUUGCAUUCUGCUGUUCAUGGGGGCGACGCAGAUACUGUGAGUCUAAUUGCAAAGAAAAAUCUAAGUUGGAGAUUUUGUAUAAAUUGGUUUGACAAGAGCUUAAUGACAAAGAAGGAUAAGUUUGGAAGGUGUGCAGUUCAUUUAGCAGCAAUAAAGGGUGAUCAAGUGAUGAUGGAUAAAUUCCUGACAGAAAUGCCAUAUUGUACCGAAGUUCGUAGUUCAGAUCUUAAAACUGCUCUACACUUUGCUGUAGAACACAAUCAAUUUGAGAUAGUGAAGAAGCUACUCCCUCAAGACAAGACAGCAGAAAUGGCAGAACUACUGAAAUAUGACCGAGACAUCUCUGGAAAUACACUGCUACACUUGGCCAUCAUUAAUGGAGGGGAUCCAGAGCUUGUAGAAUAUCUUUUACCAUUUGUAAAUGUGAAAGCCAUUAAUAAUGAAGGGUUUAGAGCAAUUGACAAAGCUGCUCCUGCAACUUUUACCAAGAUCACAGGGAUUUUAAAAGAGGUCGGAGGAUCUCGAAGUUUUAUAGCAAAUUCCAGACCUUUGAAUUCAAUGGAAUUCAAACAAGAGAGCACUGUACCUGAAAAAAUAUUGGAUGUGGACACACUGGUGGCAUCACUCAUUGCCACCGUUACAUUUGCAGCCAUUUUUACUGUGCCAGGUGGAAUUGACGAGGACGAUAAUGGAACUGCCCCUACAUCAAGCGCCGCUGCCUCUACACAUACUGGAGUUGCUCGAAUGGUAUUGCAAACCCUUUUUAAAGUGUUUUUGUUCUCUGAUAGCCUUGCCAUGUUUUCCUCCCUCUCCGUUGUUAUUGCCUGGUUAUUUCGAGAACGGUUGCAAACAAAGCUUUUUGCAGACCAUUCAUUAUUGCCCAAGUUAUCAGUUUUGAGCUUGGGGACUUCUAUAAUCUCUACGGGGCUUGCAUUCUUGAGUGCAACCAUCCUAGUUACAAUUCCCCGGAAUUCUAAAAAAAUGGAUGAUCAUUAUGAAUAUGAAUUGUUGUUAUGGGGUGAGAUAUUGACAGCUUUUUCUGCACCAGCACUUUCGCUCAUUUUGCUGUCAAUAUUGUGGGCUAUCGAGUAUAAUUUCAAAGCUACUGUGGAAAUCCAAGCCCGACUUAAGAAACAAAUCAAAGAAACCCUCAUCUAUAUAAUUCCACCUCUUGCUAUUGUAUUGGGAAUUAUUAUUGGCUACGGAUAUAACUAUUUUUCUACCAGUUGACAAUAUAUUCUCAGUGAAAGUGGCCUCCCUAUCUAUUGUUGAAGAUCUCAAAUGGUAACCGCUUGCUAUGGGUCUUUGGUAGCUUCUCUGUAAUUUUAUUUACUGAUACAACCUGUUGGAGUGUUGUUAUCUUUUUGCUUUUUGCUUGUCCUUGUAACUAGUUUUGCUUAUGUUGAUAUUGUUGCAGUACCUUCUAUUAUGAUGGAUUAUAGGAGUCUCCAUUUGCUAUCAUGGCAGUGGUUUGGAAUGAUUAUUUUUUAUUUUAAUAUAAUAUA